CCAGGCUCCAGGGCGCUUCCGGUAUAACAAAUAUGGCGGCUCCCGUAGACACGCGUGUAUCUCACAGUGAAGAAAAUGAGGAGCCGCGAGGUCCGGGCGGCAAGAGGCGGCGGGAGGGUCGCAGACUGAUAGUGCUGCUGGAGGGAGCCAGCCUGGAGACCGUGCGGGUUGGGAAGACAUAUGAGCUGCUGAACUGUGACCAGCACAAGAAUCAACUACUAAAGAAUGGGCGAGAUCCGGGCGAGGUGCGACCAGACAUCACACAUCAGAGCUUGUUGAUGCUCAUGGACAGUCCGCUAAACAGGGCUGGGUUGCUACAGGUCUACAUUCACACCCAGAGGAAUGUUCUAAUUGAGGUGAAUCCUCAAACACGCAUCCCCCGAACCUUUCCUCGAUUCUGCGGCUUGAUGGUUCAACUGUUGCACAAGCUAAGUGUUAGAGCUGCGGAUGGACCCCAGAAGCUGUUAAAGGUCAUUAAGAAUCCCCUGACUGACCACCUGCCAGUGGGUUGUGUGAAGAUCAGCACAUCGUUCUCAGGAGAGAGAGUGCCCUGUGUGCGAGACCUGGUACCACCAGACAACCCUGUGCUCCUUGUGGUUGGGGCAUUUGCACAUGGCGCUGUAAACGUGGGCUACACUGAGCGCUGUGUCUCUCUCAGCCAGUAUCCUCUCUCUGCUGCUCUCACUUGCGCCAAGAUCUGCACGGCCUUUGAAGAGGUCUGGGGAGUGCUGUAAAGGGACCAGAGACUUCGGGGCACAGCCCCACACAUCUGACUAUGAACUGUGUUUUUUAUAUAAAUAUAUGAUUAAAUAUAUUGAAGAGAA